UCAUCUCUCAAAACAUAAAACACAAAUCUGCUAAGUAUUAGAAAAGCUCGUCAAGUUCUUCUUCUCAUCAAAACAUGGCGGCUUGUGGUAGAGAUGACUUCACAUACAAUCCUUUUGUUCAUCCUCAAGGAGAGCAUAAGGCCACUAUGAUCUGGCUGCAUGAUAAGGAUGAAAACCAUUUUGAUCCAGUUAAUUUUGCGAAAUCUAUGAAUCUUGAAAAUGUCAGAUGGAUAUGUCCACCUAUGGUUUACACAAAUACAUCUUACGACUUCGGAUGUAACAUCAAACAAGAUGAUCAAAAGACAUUAGAUCUCGCAGCUACCCUUGUUGCUAGUCUUUUCUCGAGUGAACCACAAAAUGUCAUAAAAGGAGUAGGAGGUUCUGGGAUGGGUGCAGUAGCAGCUCUCCACUUUGCAAGAAACUGUGCUCUUGGACAUUAUCCUAUCAAUCCCCAAGUUGUUGUUAGCAUGGAUGGGUGGCUUUCUAUUGUGGGGAGCAUAAAAAGCAGUGUAGAAGCUACAGUUGGGGCUGCGGCUCGUGCUGCAUCGCAGUCAAUCUUACUUACCCAUGGAACUGGUUACUCAGAGCAUCUUAGACUUCCUUACACCCGUGAUGACGAAGUUGUUGUGUCCCUUAAAGAGGCUGGCUUUGGAGAAGUCAUGUUCGUACCAUACUCAAAGUCAAGCCUUAGAGAAAUGGUCAUCAAGUCGCUCCUACCGUAAGAGAUGAAGCUCCCAAUCUCAUCCAGACUAAUAAUAAAGCUCUACCAUAUAAAAACCGUGCGCAUUAUCUAGUGAAUAGUGAUUUAUAUAUUUUAUUUGUUAGCGAGACUCAUGAAUAAUAAGUUAGCUGAUGUUUAAACUUUAUGGUAAAUUUAUCAUCAAGUACUUGUAACAACUUUUUAUUUAUAAAUAAAGAAUCAAAUAUCUAUUAA